UCCACGAAGGAGUUGGGAGAAGAGAUCCAAAGGAUCAGAAGACAAAAGAGGGAAAGACGACAUCGAAAAGGCCAUAAAGAAAGAGACGACCGUGUUCGCCUUCCCCCAGGGAUAUGGCCGCAGGGAGCUUGAUGCUGUAACUGCUCCAGAUCUCGACCGAAUCGACCCCCGGAAGUGUGAUUCGAGGAAGCAGGGCGAGUUGUACAAGUUCAGCUCGGAAGGUAGGCUAUUCUUCACUUCCUCCUUAGGCAUUAAACUUCUGGAAAAGGAAUGGUUCUUUCACACUGCAUGAGAUCCAAAUAAUCUGCGGUUUCUCAGUGUCCAAUCUUUCAAAAAGAAUUUUGACGAAACUCCAGCAAGUUUUAAUAGAGAUGAGCAGUUAUAAAUUGGGUGUGGAAGUUGUAAGUGCCCAUGACCUCAUGCCCAAGGAUGGGCAAGGUUCUGCCUGUCCGUGUGUGGAGCUUCAGUUUGAUGGCCAGAAGUUUCGUACCACCAUCAAGGAAAAAGACCUUAAUCCUGUCUGGAAUGAAUGCUUCUACUUCAACAUUGCAAAUCCUGCUUCUCUUCCUGAACUUGAACUUGAAGCUUUUGUGUACAACGUGAACAGAGCUACACAUUCCAGGCCAUUCCUUGGCAAGGUCCGAAUUGCUGGAACCUCGUUUGUUCCCUAUGCAGAUGCUGUAGUCAUGCACUAUCCAUUGGAAAAGCGUGGCAUAUUUUCACGUGUGAAGGGAGAACUUGGCCUUAAGGUUUUCCUUACUGAUGAUCCCUCAAUAAAACCUUCUAGUCCACUUCCAGCAAUUGGUCCUCACUCAAAUGAUAUUCCUCCAAGUCAAGCACAUCAAGUACCUGCCCAAGUCUCAAUAUUAAAUACAAGUUCACCUCCAGAAAACAGAUCAGAAGCAAGGUAUAACUUUCACAGUGUCCCAAAAGAAGUCCACCAGCACCAUUCUUCUGCUCCAAUUAGUGAGCCAGUGAGGUAUGCAGCUGAUCCUAUGAAACCUGAGCCUCAGCCCCCCAGAAUUGUCAGGAUGUACUCAUCGGUGUCCUCCCAACAACCAGUGGAUUAUGCACUAAAAGAAACUAGCCCUUUCCUUGGUGGUGGUCAGAUUGUUGGAGGCCGAGUUAUUCGUGCUGAUAAGCCAGCUAGUACAUAUGAUCUUGUGGAACAAAUGCAAUAUCUUUUUGUGCGUGUGGUGAAGGCAAAAGAUUUGCCAGCCAUGGAUGUUACAGGAAGCCUAGAUCCUUUUGUCGAAGUGAGAGUGGGUAACUACAAGGGAACCACAAAGCAUUUUGAGAAGAAGCAGAACCCAGAAUGGAAUGAAGUAUUUGCAUUUUCUAGAGAUCAGCUGCAGGCAUCAAUUGUUGAAGUUGUGGUCAAAGACAAGGAUCUGGUUAAGGAUGAUUUUGUUGGUUUGGUUCGCUUUGAUUUAAAUGAUGUACCAUCACGUGUCCCACCAGAUAGUCCAUUGGCUCCAGAGUGGUACCGGCUUGAGGAUAAGAAGGGUGAUAAAACAAAGGGUGAACUGAUGCUUGCGGUUUGGAUAGGAACCCAAGCCGAUGAGUCAUUUCCUGAUGCAUGGCACUCGGAUGCGGCGGCACCUGUUGGUGCCUCUGCUGUUGGCUCUCACAUAAGGUCGAAAGUCUACCAUGCACCCAGGCUAUGGUAUGUUCGAGUCAACGUUGUUGAGGCACAAGAUAUUGUAAUGUCUGACAAGACCCGCUUUCCCGAUGUUUAUGUCAAGGUACAACUGGGCAAUCAGGUCUUGAGGACAAGAGCAGUUCAGGCACGGACAUUCAACCCUCUUUGGAAUGAGGACUUCAUGCUUGUGGCUGCAGAACCCUUUGAGGAUCACCUCAUUCUCUCUGUAGAGGACCGUGUAGGACCAAACAAAGAUGAGGUGAUAGGCCGUGUUAUUAUUCCAUUGGGGUCUAUAGAGAAGCGAGCUGAUGACCGUAUUAUCUAUGGUCGGUGGUUCAGUCUUGAGAAGCCUGUUGCUGUUGAUGUGGACCAGCUAAAGAAGGACAAAUUUUCAAGCCGGAUUCACCUCCGUGUCUGCCUGGAUGGUGGAUAUCAUGUGCUUGAUGAGUCCACCCACUACAGCAGUGACCUCCGACCAACAGCAAAGCAGCUAUGGAAGCCAUCAAUUGGGUUGCUUGAGCUUGGCAUACUUAAUGCAGAGGGGCUUCAUCCCAUGAAGACACAAGAAGGAAAGGGGACGUCAGAUACAUACUGUGUAGCCAAGUAUGGGCAGAAAUGGGUCCGUACUCGUACUAUCAUCAACAGCCUGUCCCCGAAAUACAAUGAGCAGUAUACAUGGGAAGUUUAUGAUCCAGAUACAGUUCUUACAGUUGGUGUCUUUGACAAUUGCCAACUAGGAGAGAAGGGUUCUAGCGGUAACAAGGAUGCAAAGAUCGGCAAGGUUCGCAUACGUCUUUCAACUCUUGAAACAGGCCGUGUGUACACACACUCAUACCCGCUUCUAGUUUUACACCCUUCAGGCAUCAAGAAAAUGGGUGAACUCCAUCUUGCCAUACGGUUCUCAUCGACAUCAUUGAUUAACAUGUUGUACACAUACUCAAGGCCUUUGCUGCCUAAGAUGCAUUACAUUCGGCCAUUAACCAUGAUGCAACAGGACAUGCUGCGGCACCAAGCCGUCCAAAUAGUAGCUGCACGACUUGGCAGAAUGGAGCCACCCCUCAGAAAGGAAGUUGUCGAAUACAUGUCUGAUGUGGACUCCCACUUAUGGAGUAUGCGUCGAAGCAAAGCAAAUUUCUUCAGGCUUAUGUCAGUUUUCUCUGGCUUGUUUGCAGUGAGCAAGUGGUUUAAAGAUGUCUGCGCAUGGAAGAACCCCAUCACCACUGUGUUGGUUCACAUUCUGUUCCUAAUGCUCGUAUGCUUCCCAGAACUGGUACUUCCUACUAUAUUUCUGUACAUGUUCAUGAUAGGCAUUUGGAAUUACCGCUAUCGGCCACGGUAUCCUCCACACAUGAACAUAAAAAUUUCUCAUGCGGAGGCUGUGCAACCGGAUGAGCUCGAUGAGGAGUUUGAUACAUUUCCCACCAGCAGGAGCGCAGAGCUUGUUCGAAUGAGGUAUGAUCGGCUAAGGAGCGUUGCCGGAAGGAUACAAACUGUGGUUGGAGAUUUAGCGACUCAAGGGGAGAGGGUCCAGGCAUUGCUUAGUUGGAGGGAUCCACGGGCGACAGCUAUAUUUGUGGUAUUCUGCUUGGUGGCAGCACUCGUGCUGUAUGUGACCCCAUUGCAGGUGUUAAUUGCCCUGGCAGGCUUCUAUGUCAUGCGGCAUCCGAGAUUCCGACACAGGAUGCCUUCUGCGCCUGUAAACUUCUUCCGGAGGUUGCCAGCAAGGACUGACAGUAUGCUUUAGAUGAACACAGCUUAUGUGCGAGUUCUUGAGACUCGAGAGCUUCCGCUGCAGGUAAACAGUUGAUGAACACACCAAUUAGUUUUUCUCUAUUUGCUCUUGCCUUGUGCUCCUCCUGUUUGGAAGUCUUUAAACAGUUGAUGAACAUGCGUGCAAAUAAUCCACGGGAACAUCUUUCUAUCACACUGGCACUUGAUGUGCUGAGUUCUUGAGCUUUGUGUGACAGCUUUCAGUAUGCAAUUGCUCACGGUUGGUCUGUUUUCUGUGUAUCUUUGUGUUUCUGAGCUAUAAAGAGUUGAUGAGGGUUGCAACUAA